AGAACGCCCAGUGGAAGGUGGACUGGGAGGUGCAGUCCGGCGCCAAGCAUUCCAUCACCACCAUCGAUGUGAACAAGAACAAAGCAGUCAAGCAGGGGGACGUGUUGGGAAACGUGGAGGUGAUGCAGCUGGACUUCGAGAUGGAGAACUUCACCAGCCUCUCGGUGACCAGAAGGAUCAACUGGAACAUCGACUACAAGGGCCAGAACCCGCCGCCCGACUCAGAGAAGGUGGUGACGGAGCUGACAGUGGUCCAGCGAGACAUUCAGGCUAUCAUCCCUCUGGCAAUGGAUACCGAGAUUAUCAACACGGCCAUUCUGACCGGGCGCACCGUGGCCAUUCCCGUCAAAAUGGUCUCCAUAGAGAUGAACGGGGCGGUCACCGACGUCUCGGCCUUCGUGCAGUGCAAGUCCUCGAAUGAAGACAUUGUUAAGGUGUCCAUGAAUUGCGACUACGUCUUCGUGAAUGGGAAGGAGACGCGAGGCUCCAUGAACGCCAGGGUCAUCUUCAGCUACGAGCAUCUGAGCGCACCGCUGGAGCUGACUGUCUGGGUGCCCAAACUUCCCCUGCAGGUGGAACUUUCUGACAACAAUCUCAGCUUCAUCAAAGGCUGGAGGGUUCCCAUCCUGCCCGACCGAAGGAGCACCAGGGACAGUGAUGCAGACGACGAGGACGACGAGCGGCGGGUGAGUCGAGGCUGCACCCUGCAGUACCAGCGGGCCCUGGUCAAGGUGCUGACCCAGUUCCACACCACAUCCACGGAGGGCACCGACCAAGUCAUCACCAUGCUGGGGCCUGACUGGCAGGUGGACGUCACGGACCUGGUCCAGGACUCUCUGAAAGUGGCCGACCCCCGGAUAGCGGAGCUGGUGGACAGGACAGUGCUGGUGGGCCUAGAGCUGGGAUCCACUGUGCUCAAGGUGGAGUCUCCACUAGCAGUCGAUGCAGUGUUGGGAGAGGCGGCGUUCUCGGUCACAGAUGACAAGGUUUCCAUCACGGAGCUGCGUGUUCACUCUAUUUCAGGCCUGACCCUGUCGCUGCAGCCCAGCCCCGGCAACAGCCACACCAUGGUGGCCAAGGCAACGGGCCUCCAGACACUCACUACUCCCAAACAGGAGGCCAGUUUGUCUUUCUGGAUGCUUUUCAGUGACAACACAGCCGCCACUCUGACUUACUUUGAUCCCAAAGACUACAACCUCAAUGCCUCCACGCUGGAUGACAAAGUUGUGUCGGUUUCCCAGGAGCCUCAGCAGCGCUGGCCUGUGCUGUUGGCAGAAGGGGAGGGAUCUGGUGAGAUGGUGCGUGUAGAGAUGACCAUCUGUGAGGCCUGCCAGAAGACCAAACGCAAGAGCGUCAUCGCAUCUGCUGCAGUUUAUGUCAAGGUCCGCUUUGGCCCAGAAGAGGACUCAGAGGAAGAGGCGACCACAGAGGGCGAGAUUGAACUGGCGCCCGUUACCAGGCGUCCAAUCAUUGAUCCGAACAUCAGUGGAAGAAUUUAUGAGACAUCUAAUGAGCAACCUGCCAGCGUUCCCAUUGAUUACACCAAUUUCCCCACCAUUAGCAACCAGGAGCGAACGACUGAGAGUGAUGAAGAGGAGGAAGAUGACUUUGUGCAUUCACCUCGCAAUAUGACCGACCUUGAGAUCGGCAUGUACGCCCUGCUGGGAGUCUUCUGCUUGGCCAUCUUAGUCUUUCUUAUCAACUGCAUCGUCUUCGUACUCAAAUACCGCCAUAAGCGGAUCCCACCUGAGGGUCAAGCCAACAUGGACCAUUCCCACCACUGGGUGUUCCUGGGAAACGGCCAGCCGUUGAGGGCCCAGUGCGAUCUGUCGCCGCAGCAGGUGGAAAGUCCCAGCAACCCUUUGGAGGGCGUACAGACUUGCUGCCACGGGGACCACCACAGCAGUGGCAGCUCCCAGACUAGCGUUCAAAGCCAGGUUCACGGGCGUGGCGACGGCAGCUCCGGGGGCUCCACGAAGGAGAACGGUGAGGACGCCAGUUCCCCCACCUCCAAGCGUAAGAGAGUCAAGUUUACCACCUUCACCACCCUUCCCACGGAGGAGCUGCCCUAUAACUCCAUCCCGAUAGCAGACGAGGAGGACAUUCAGUGGGUGUGCCAGGAUAUGGGCUUUCAAGACCCAGAGGAACUGCACGAUUACAUGCGCAGAAUAAAAGAAAUAGCCUGAGAUAAGAGGUGCAGCGUGGAGCACCGCUCUCAGCUUUCUAAAAGUUAAAAAAAAAAAAAAAAAAAAAAAAAGAAACGUUCCUUUCUAUUUUUCUCUUUUUCACCUAAGUGAAAGAUAAUUUUUCACAGACUAAAAGGCCAACUGUUGUUUUGGUUAGGGUUUGUUCCAUUUAGUUUGCACAGUGCUGUAAUCUCAUACACACUCACACAGAAGAGAACGCAAGGAAGCCAAAGACUUAACCAGAGGAUCUCAAUCGCUGGAGGAAUCUGUAAAUCUUGGCUAUAGCAAACAUGUUUCAUUGGGAAGCUGAGCCAUGAGCAGAUGUGACUCUUAUUUUUCAGGAUCUGAUUCUAGAGAAAGCCUGAUAUGGACAGGAGUGCAGAAGAGGUCGCGUCACAGUCGCUCAUUGGGACUCUGCAGUACUGUAACUAUUCCAAACAAAGAGGCCUUUGAUGAACAAAUAACUGUCAAAGACUCUCAAGAAAGCUAUGUUAAAAAAUUAAAAAUAAAAAAAAUCAUUUUGUUUUUUGCCAAAGUAGGGAAAGUGUUCUUUUAAUGGCGAAACCCUCUUCAUUGUUGUUCUCGGUGCAGCACACUCAUGAUUUGUACUCAUGUUCAUUCCUUACAUUUUUCUACAUUUCAUAGGUAGUCAGAAGCAGUGCCCUACUUCUAGUCCUCAUGGUCCUGAACGAAUCUAAUGCCUUAUAAAAAUGGUCACAGUUCACUUCUUAUAUCAACGCAGACACCCUGUUUUCUCACUAUAGCGAGAGACGGCGUAGUAAAGAGCAUCUAUGUAAACUACUACGACUGUUCUCGAGCAUGAGGUAUAAAAAGUAAAGAGCUUGUGCAUUGUGAGGAUCUCUAACAGUCUUUGCAUGGAAGGGGAUCUUGAGGCACUAUCAGCAACAUUAUGGGUUUUUUGUUUCUUUUUCUCCAAAUUUGUAAAUGUUUAUAUUGUAAUUAUAUAAUCAUUCAUACACAUUAACUAAACUAAAUAUGUUAUCAUGCAUUACACGCAUGCCAUGUCAGGCCUACAUACAUGCAGACAUUCCUCUCUAGUAUAUGUAUAUACCGUAUUGAGCUGGAGCCACUUCCAGCACGGAUGCUCGGCGAGUUACUUAGUCCGAGGUAGAGGAGUGGGAGGCUGGUUGAGGUCUUGAAAAUUUUAUAGUCUUGUGGUGGGUAGAAGGUUCCCCUCGGUAAUGUCAUGACAGAACUGUAGAUUUUUAACAAACUGGUAUCACAUUUGACUGUUGAACGUGGGGAUUUGCUAUGCAUCAGAACUGUAAUAGAUCUAAUCUUUUAAUGAUUUAUUUCCCUUCCCCAAGUUUCACUGGCCUCCAGCUUUUGGGAAAAUAAAAAAAAAAAAAAAAAGCCAAAAAAAAACUUGUAAUGUACUAGUUGGAAACAUUCUCACUGAGCACAAGAUCCUCUGCAGGAAAUGUCAUCCACCGUUCAAGAAGGUUACUGAAUAUAUUAUUGAUUUUCCUCCAUUAUUUAAAUCAUAGCCAUCCCAUGCUGUCACGCUGUUCUCGAACGCGCCGCGUUAUGUAUGUCGUCCUUAUUUUGUUUAUCUGCUCCAGUGAACUGACAUGUAGAGGUCACAAAUCUGCUUCAGCUGAACAAUGUGAACAGGGCCAGAGACUCGUGGCUCUUGCAGGGGGGGAAUAAAAUACGUGGCUGUGAGAAUGAUACGAGUGUGACUGUGAGAACAUGUAAAUGUAUCUCAGGAUGCUGAUUGACUUCAUCGACAAAUCAGGGUGGUUGGAAUCAAAGCAGACGGUGGAUGUCAUUGACAAGUUUUGUUAUGCAGAUGUAUAAAUUGCUGUCUUAAAUAUGUUCUGAUGUGGUUGUCGGGUACACUAAAGCGGGAAAAAAAUAAAAGCUCUGGAGCAUUCAGAAAGAUCUCUUUGACACGGAACAUCUCACGACUACAACGAAAACAUUGCAAGGCAGCCAGACACAGUAAGUGAGAGCAGGAUGACAGCAGAGCUAAUAGUGUUUUUAAUUGCAGCUGCCCUGUUAGCGUAGCAUAUGUUUGUAGUACUAGAGUGGCUAACUAGAGACGACGUUUGAAGGUUGAUGUUAUUCAAACUCUGAUCUCACAUAAAACAAGUUCUUUUUGGGACUAAUGAGACAACCAUGAGAUAAAAGUUACUUUCCAUGUUACUUUCCUUUAUUUCUUUACCGUGCAUCUAAGGGCUUGGAUUUUUUUUUUUUUUUGUCUUUUAUGUUAACCGACAGGUUUUUAGUGAGCCUGUGAGUAACAAAUGCUACAAGCUCCUGCUGUGGAGAUAAUGAGUGGCAGCUUUAUUUGUUGUUGGGUUGUUUUUUGGUUUUUUUUUUUUGCCAUUUUACCUGAUCCUCAGCCACUACUGAGUAAAGACCCAAUCCAGAAUUGCUUUCAUUGUGGCAUCACUGUUACACAAACACUUGUAUAGUAUUGGACAAAAAUACAGAAUUGAAGGACAUACAAGGGUUGAUCAAAAAGUUGUGACAUUGUGCCUGUAAACAUCAAAAAUGAUACUGUACUUCAAUUUAGCCACAAUCAAAGUAGUCUUCUUGCGUAGGGAUGCACUGCUCCCAGUGCUCCUGCAUAGCACUCCAUGGAGGUCUUGUUCCGUAAGCAUGUCAGGCACCAUCUACGAUGAGCGCUGAAUCUCUUAAACUGUGUCAAAACGGGAACCCAAACUUCAUUUUGUGUUAUUGUAGCCAAAAAAAAAAAACUUGUGCCAUUGAGCCACAGUUUAGAUUGAUCACAGCAUACAUUUCCCCUCAGGACACCUCAGGAAGAUACGGUAAAACUUGACAGUCACAUCUUAGGGGACUCAUUUACGGUGCAAAACCAUGUGAAUGUCGAAGAAAACAAUGACCAUGCUUCUGGUGCUCUUUUGUGAACUGACGCACCUUGUACAAUUUUGGAAACUGCAGGCUCGUCCACUGUGAAAACUGUUAUUUCUUCUCUUGAUGGUAGCCGCAGACCCACCUCUCUUCACCGGACAUUAUCAUUGACAUAAAGUUGGCUUUCCCCUGCUGCUGACUGACAAAGAAAGUGGCGCUUGCUUUCUGCUUUAGUUUGAGAUCUAUGGAGAAAUCUGAAACGCAUAUUUGCCAGUUGACAAAAAUAUGUUUAUAGCAUUGUUUCAAUGACAUGUUCCAUUAACAGGCAACACAAAACCGUCUUGAGCCUUUUUGAUCAACCCUCUUGUUUUAUUUAUGUACUUGGAGGAAUUUUUCAGUGAGCCUCUUGUCCACUGAGCAAUCAUAAGUGACAGUGAAAUGUGAUCUGAAGCCAAUGAUUUGCUCAAAGCAGCCUUCUAAAUAAUGGAGCAUAACCGUCUUUAUACUUUUUCACUUAUUGGACAGUGACCAUGAGAUAACUUCCCAUCAGUAAACCAUACCUUUGAGUAUUCUCUCUGUAUAUAUAUAGACCCGCCCAGAUAUAUAUAUAUAUAAAUCCUGGAUUGGGACUUCAAGGAUUUGGUUUACUGCAUGCCCUCUCUAUGUUCCAGUGAUUGAAAUGAAAAAUGACCUGAUUCUGGUGUUAAACGAUGUUCAGUCCGUGUUAUCAGCUAAAGAAGAAGAGGAGACUUUGUUUUUGACAGUCCAAGCCCGUCCUCCUUCAGCCACAGCAUCAACAUGAUUUGCCAUGGAUUUGAGAGAAACUGCAGGCAGCUGCAAGCGUUUCAGUUUUAACUUCAAAUGAUGGUCUCUCAGGAUGAAUGUAGAAUUCUUAACUAAACCUGGCUGUGUUGUGUUUAGUGUUAACGUGAUCAGCCCAAUCUGGUGACAUUACAGAUUAAGUAUCUAAUAGCAGCUUCAUGUGCAGUUUUCAUAUGGUUUUUCCUGCCGAUUUAUUCACACAGUAUGUAAAUAUGUUGUUAUUUUGGGAUCAUUUUUACAUCCUGCUUCCCCCUCCUCAGUGCAUUUGAUGUCUUUUUUUUGUAAUGCUGCUUCAGUAACGUGCACAUAUUGCUCAUUUUGUAUUUUCGUCAGGCUGCUAAUAGAAACUUAGUCUUCUUACAACAUGUAAAUGAAGAUCUUGAAUUGUAUCCCCACCCCACGCCCCACUCAUGGUGAACUGUGCACGACGUGCACGGCUCAUUUGGCUGUGCCAAGUAACCACCACACUGACUAUAAUAUUGUAAUGUACAGAGCACUGUAUUCUCUUGAAAACAAACCCUUGUAUUUUCCCGUUAUAUGUAAAGUACUAAAGAAAAUGCAAUACACAACUGA